CAAACGUUUCCCGAAACCGCUGUAAGGUGUGGUGACGGCAGAGACCCGAACUAUCACCGUUUCAUCUUCAUCGACGACCUGGACAACCGAACGAUGGCUUUGGCCGUGCCCUCGACACUCCUCGAGGCGCUUUGGACCGACAUUCUAGUACGUGUCCCGCCCACAUCAGCGAGAGUGCCAUUCGACAUCUACACGUUCUUCGCGUAUGUCUUACCACCAUGUCUUUUUUACCAAAUCGUCGCUGUCCUGGCCAUUCUCCCUGGCACCCGCGUGCUGCGUAUGGCCCUGUGGCCGCUCAUCGCCUUUCUUGCACUUCGCGUUGCGAUGUUCGUCGACUUUUCAUGUGGAAAUCCUCAAUGGUCGUAUUUGAAUGUCGGCUGUGUGAUGGUCAUGUUUUGCGUUGUCGUCCGCACACUCGAUUGGGCGUUCGUGAAUGGCCCACUCAAGCGACCCGUCAGACCUGCCGCCUCCUUCGUCGUCGAUGCGAUCGAUCUCACGGUCAAUGUUCGUGGAGUCGGCUGGAACUGGUCCAAGGGCAUCCGCUUUCCUCCCGACACGCGCCCCACCUCUCGCCUACGCUUCGCAAUAUACACUCUCCUCUCCGCUCUCUAUCAUAGUUUCAUAUGCGGCGUACUCCACAUCGCCAUACAAGCAUUUUCCCCAGAAACACUCACCGUCUUGAGCGGAGGCACAAUCUUUGACGACACACUUCCCCCCAUGAUCCGAUAUGCCCGAUCCAGUAUCAUAUCUAUCGUCGCUGCAUUUCUUUUCUAUGCGGACAUACAGACGCACUACGACAUGGGUACAUUCAUUGGUGUCGCGGUAUUCCAACAAGACCCCGCACAAUGGCCCCCCAUCUUCGACGCACCGUGGAAAGCGACCUCGCUGCAUGAUUUUUGGGGUUACAGAUGGCAUCAACUUGUGAGACGAACAUUCAUCGUGCUCGGAGGGCGGCCUUUAGGGUUCGUAUUCGGACGUGUCGGAUACGUCGUGGGAUCGUUCCUAGCGUCGGGGGUACUUCACAAUGUUAUGUUAGCCCCGCUCAGUCAGAGCGCUGAACGGUGGACCAUGCUCCUCUCAUUCGGAAUGAUGGCUCUUGGUAUCAUCGUCGAGCGUAUGUUCAUGCAGGUGACAGGCAGGAGAGUGGGUGGGUGGAUUGGGAGAGUGUGGACGAUGGCCUGGUUGUUAGUAUGGGGGAAUACGAUAGUGGACGGGUUUGCAAGAGUGGGUCUAUUUGCGUGCUGGGACCCAUUUGUUACUGCAGCUCCAGUAAAGUGGAUCGUGGACCACUAUGUUACAGCGUUGGAUAGGUGGCUGAGGGCGCGUGCAUCGUAGUGCGG